UUCGAAAUUCUCUGUUCUAUAAACUCUGCGUUUCUCUGUACAAAUCUUCUCUCUCUCUCUCUCUCUCUGUCUGUUCGAAAAACUCUUUGAAUUUUGAAAUAAAAUUAAUUAAAAUUUGAAAAUUUGAAAAGAAAAAAAAUGCAAGGAGAAGAGGUAAGCAUAGAAGAGCUAGCCUCAAAUCUUGCCACCUACAAAGAUCAGCUUCAUCAGGUCAGAGAGCUUUUGGUUGAUGAUCCUGGAAACUCUGAAUAUGUAGACAUGGAAAGGGAGCUUAAAGAGGAAUCAAAAUGUUGCUCAAACAAGCAACAUCAGUUAACUUCUAAUGGCACCUAUGGAGGUUUAUUUUCGUUUCUUGACUGAAAAGGUGAGGAUGGUUAUUAUGUUAAAAAAGUUCGUACACUCCAGAAAUGGGUACUCUAUGGAGAAUCAGAAAGUUAUUUGGAUCUAUAUGUGAAAAUUGAGAUCUUCAUCAAGAUGCCCAUCACUUCUAUCUUGGUUCUUGUGCAGGUGUGCUAUGUGUUGUGAUGGCCAGCCUGCUCUCUCUCUAUCACCUCAUUUCAGAUGUUCACACUGAGAUUCUAAGUUCGAAUGACGUUGAUUUGUCCUUAUGGUGUUACUAAUAACAUGGAUAUGCAUUUUUUUGUUGCUUAAAUUUUGAGUUAGGGCUAAAGUUGUGUGGAUGCAGGUGAUUGCUUUGACGGAAGAACUUCUUGCAACUGCAAAGCAAAAUGAUAUUUCAGGAUCAGAUAUUGGGACUAGCGGUAGGGCAUCUCCAAGUUUGCCCCAUUCCAAAAUGGACUCAGAAAGCAUGUUGGAUCAUCAAGGAAAGUUUCCCAUUGGCACAAAAGUUCAAGCUGUUUGGAGUGAAGAUGGGGAAUGGUAUGAUGCAACAAUUGAGGCGUAUUCUCCAAAUGGCUAUUUCGUUAGUUAUGAUGGAUGGGGGAAUAAAGAAGAGGUGGAUCCUGACAAUGUAAGGCCAAUUCAAGAAGGAGUUGUCAAUACUUUGGCAGAAGCUGAGAGAGUGGCUGAAGCUACCAAGCAAGCUAUAAAACGUAAGAUUGCACUGGCUGCUUCCAUGGACUUCCAGUCGCGGAGUUUACCCGCAAAGCUUCGAAUAGAGCCUGAUGACCCAGAGGAUGUGAAAGUUGCCAAGCGUAAGAAGAUACAUGCUUUUAAGUCAAAGGUGCGGAUGGAGCAACUUGAAGUCACACAGAAUAAGCGGCAGAAUGCUUGGCAGCAGUUCCAGACAACCAAAGGCAAGACUAAGAAGAUUGGUUUCUUUUCGGGGCGCAAGCGGGAAAGCAUCUUCAAGUCUCCAGAAGACCCACAAGGCAAGGUUGGUGUGACAGGAAGUGGAAAGGGUUUGACCGAGUUCCAAAAAAGGGAAAAACACUUGCAUCUCAAGGGAGCGACCGUUGAUGGUGCGGAUGAAUAGGUUAGAGUUCCUAGUUUCGCUGUAUCUGCAAGACGUAGCUCAUGACCGAACAGUCGAGAGAGUCUUUAAACAGAAUGUACGGUGUUCACAUGGUCUUAAGCUUUUCUUCUUUUAUUUAUAUUUUGAAAUUCAAGCUUAGCAUGGGGUCAAACUGUACUUAUCACAAAAAAGAAGAAAAAGACUGCUUUCUAACUUUGGUGUUUGUAUGUGACAAAUCUCUUCUUCUCACUUGGUUGUUGCUGUUAUCGAUUGUGUCUGUGGGAUCA